AUGUCAAAGAAAGAAAAACCGUUGCAUUCCUUGGUGGCAGGAAGCACUGCCGGCGCGAUAGAAGCUUUGGUGACAUACCCAACAGAAUUUGUGAAGACUCGAUCCCAGUUCAGUGGAAAGAGAGAAAGUCCGUUUGCUAUCAUCCGUACCACAUUACAGACGAAGGGGGUCAAGGGUCUGUAUUCAGGAUGCAUGGCUUUGGUUGUUGGCAACUCUGUCAAGGCGGGAGUACGUUUCGUCUCGUAUGACCAGUUUAAGCACAUGCUAGCGGACCAGGAGGGCAAAGUCACUGCGCCUCGGAGCCUUGCAGCGGGCCUUGGUGCGGGAAUGAUGGAGGCCAUUUUUGCAGUAACCCCGUCAGAAACAAUUAAGACGAAGCUCAUCGACGAUGCGAAGAACCCAACUCCGAAAUAUCGUGGGCUUGUGCAUGGCACUGCCGCCAUCGUACGAGAAGAAGGACUACGAGGCAUUUAUCGUGGAUUGUUCCCUGUUAUGAUGCGCCAAGGGGCCAACUCGGCCGUGCGGUUUACGACUUACACCAGCCUGAAACAAUUUAUCUCCGUGCGACCAGGUCAACAAUUGUCCAGUGGCGUCACAUUCGGCAUCGGGGCGAUUGCCGGCCUCGUCACUGUAUACACAACGAUGCCCUUCGAUGUGAUCAAAACUCGCAUGCAGUCGUUGGAGGCGCGCCAAGCAUACCGCAAUUCAUUCCACUGUGCCUAUCGUAUCUUCACCGAGGAAGGUAUUUUGCGAUUUUGGACAGGAACAACGCCGCGGCUGGCGCGGCUGGUGCUUUCCGGCGGUAUAAUAUUCACGGUAUACGAGAAUGUCAUACGGCUAUUAAGAGGCAGGGAGAUCUGA